AUGGCGAGCGGCUACGAGGCGUAUAAAGAGAGGGGGAGGCGAAGGUUUUUGCGCAUUCUCGCUGCCUUCGCUGUUUCCGCCGUUGCGGUGGCAAGCCCGCUCGCCGCGAGCGACGCCAAGACCAACCUCGCCGACCUCAACACCAAGGUCGCCAAUCUCGUUGCCCUGCUCGAAUCGAUCACCUCCACAUCGUCCUUCGGUGACCUUGUGAAAAUCGGCACCGACUCGUCCAUCGUGCAGAACCAGCUCAAGACGACCACCAACUCGUUCACGGGGACCUUCAGCCCUGCCGACUGCACCAGCCUUUACAACAGCGCCACGGGCCUCUCCGGCGCGAAGGCCAAGACGGAGACGUCGCUCAAGGAUAUCCAGGCCAAAGCAGCGGACAUCAUCAAAAUUGGCGGCCAGGUUAUCAAGUCGACCACAGCCGACAGCAUCUCGUCGUUUCAGAAGAACACGAUCGGGCUCAAUGACGCGGCGGCCAAGGUGUGCCCGAACAUUGCCGAUAAACUCAACGCCGACUCCAAGGAGCUCAACAUAAUCUUCAACGCUGCGCAUGCCGCAUUCGCGUAA